GAUGUACACCUUACCUUCCUCACAAGACACAUCCUCAGAGCACACUGUUACAGACUUAUACUGCCACCACCACCAACACCAACACCACCCAAACACUGCCCAGCCACUUCUCAGCUCCACUACAGCCCAAGGACUACAGGAUGAGGACCUGGUCAAGGGCCCAGUGUGCAGAGUGCUCUGUGGUCCUCCUGGGUCUCAUAACACUGGUCUUUUCUUUGGGGAACAUCUCAAGUAGAGUACAGGAUGAGGGUGUAGCCUCUAACAGUCUGGAAGACGGGCUAGAGGUGACUACUUAUUGGUGGGGGGAAUGGGCAAAGUGGACAGCCUGUACACGCACUUGUGGAGGGGGGGUCAUGUCUCAGGAGAGACACUGUCUUAAGCAAAGAAAGAGAACAACAACUGGUAAGGACAACAUGACAUGCACAGGGAGUGCAAAAAGGUACCAUCUCUGUAAUACGAAGGAAUGCCCCUCAACUGGAAGGAGUUUCCGAGAGGAGCAGUGCUGGUCAUUUAACUCUCAGGUGUUUAAUGGAAAGAACUACCACUGGAAACCCCUUUACCCAGAUGACUACGUUCACAUCUCCAGCAAUCCCUGUGACCUUCAUUGCACUACAUCAGAUGGUCAGAGGCAGCUGAUGGUACCAGCCCGGGAUGGAACUUCCUGCAAGUACAGCAAUUACAGAGGCGUCUGUGUUGAUGGCAGGUGUGAGCCUAUAGGAUGCGACGGCAUCCUUUUCUCUCCCAACACACUGGAUAAGUGUGGAGUGUGUCAAGGAGAUGGGAGCAGCUGUAGUAGGAUAACUGGAAACUUUCGCCGUGGAUCUUCCAGCCUUGGAUAUUCCUUCAUUACCCAGAUCCCCGAGGGCUCAUGGGACAUCCAGAUCAUUGAGAGAAAGAAGUCUCCAGAUAUACUAGCUGUGACAGAUCAAGCAGGAAACUUCUUCUUUAACGGCGCCUACAAGGUGGACAGCCCUCAGAACUUCCAUGUGGCAGGGACGAUCUUCAAGUACCGGAGGCCCACCGAUGUGUAUGAGACGGGGAUUGAGUACAUCGUGGCGAAAGGGCCCAUCAAUCAGCCCAUCAAUGUUCUGGUUUGGAACCAGAAUGGUCGCAACCCUUAUAUCACCUAUGAGUAUACAGUGAUGCGUGACCCUCUUACUCCAAUCUCCCAGCCACCCAUGUACACUGGCUCAGAUGGAGGAUCCAGCCACCAAGUCUCCAUGGAGAUCAACAAUGUGUCACCUCACAAUGAGACUGUGAAUGACAAGUCUCUCCCAGAGACACAGAGGAAGCAGGUGAGGAUACAGAACAUUGGGCCUGCAGCAGUGGAUAAGCCUGGCGAGGAGACCAAUGAAGUAUAUGAAGACACAGCUGCUGUAGACUGUGAUCAGGAUGCUCCAAAACCCCCACAUUACCCAGAUGGAAAUAGCAGCUGGCCAAGUGGAGUGGUUGCCCCUGGCAGUGUGCCUGCAAGCAGACCUGCAGAGGAGAUGGUGGAUUCUGCAAAUUUCAUAUGGAGGAUGUUUCUUGCACGUUGCACACUGCACAUUAACAUUUCUACAAAUCAGCUUCUUAGUGACAGAGAAAGCCUCAUCACUGAAGCAGAGCCAGCCGAGUUGGACUACAGCAGCUCAGAGCAAGGGAACCUCAAUGGUUCACUGCUUGAGUUCUCUCUAGGCCGGCGGCGGAAUGAAACAGGAGAUCUUUUCCAGAACAGGACACUAAUUUCCAGCUCAAGGAACAGCAGCCGCAGCAAUCGCACUAGGAGCCAGCAAAGGGUUACCGGGAAGAACAAACUGAGUUCUGCAGAUAUGUAUCGUUGGAAACUGUCUUCUCAGGAACCAUGCAGCAUGACAUGCUCGAUAGGUGUGACAAAGUCCUUUGCUAUGUGUGUACGAUAUGAUGGUGUUGAGGUGGAUGACUCUUACUGUGACGCUUUGACUCGCCCUGAACCUGUGCAUGAUUUCUGCAUUGGAAGGGAGUGCCAACCAAGGUGGGAGGCCAGCAGUUGGAGUGAGUGCUCACGGACAUGUGGUGAGGGUUUUCAGUUCCGGCUAGUGCGUUGCUGGAAGAUGCUAGCCCCUGGCCUGGAUAGCUCAGUCUACAGCGAGCUGUGCACGGAUGCUGAGCUAGAGCGCCCUCCGGAGCGACGGCCCUGCAAGAGCCCCACCUGUGGCCCACAGUGGGAGAUGGCUGAGUGGUUAGAGUGCCCAGCAAAAUGUGGCCACAGAAGUUUAGUGACUCGUGAAGUCAGGUGCUCAGAUGAAGUCAGGCCAUGUGAUGAGACAACUCGACCACCAUCAUCCAAGAACUGCACUGGUCCACCCUGUGAUCGCCAGUGGACAGUCUCCAUGUGGGGCCCGUGCUCAGGUCCAUGUGGGCAGGGGAAGAUGGUACGGCAUGUGUACUGCAAAACACCUGAAGGCCGUGUGGUGCCUGAAUCUCAGUGUUCACAAGAGAACAAACCAUUGGCUACUCAUCCCUGUGGAGAUAAAGAGUGCCCACCGCACUGGCUGGUUCAAGACUGGGAAAGGUGCAACACAACAUGUGGACGUGGUGUAAAGAGGAGGACUGUACUAUGCGUCGGCAUCACAGGUGGCAAGUUUCAAAUCCAUGAGGAUGAGGAAUGUGAUGCUAGCAAGCAACCCGAGGACGAGGACACUUGCUUUGAGAGGCCUUGUUUCAAGUGGUAUACAACACCUUGGUCUGAGUGCACCAAGACAUGUGGUGUGGGGGUGAGAAUGAGGGAUGUGAAAUGCUACCAGGGAAGAGAACUUGUUCGUGGAUGUGACCCUCUGACUAAGCCUGUUAACAAACAGGCCUGUGCAUUGCAACCUUGUCCCACUGAACCACCAGAUGACAACUGCCAGGAUCGUCCCAGCACCAACUGCUCUCUGGCUAUUAAAGUCAACCUUUGCAGUCACUGGUAUUACAGCAAGGCCUGUUGCCAUUCAUGCCGAAAUCAACGUGCCACCUAGUUUUUCCCACUGGGGAAAAAGUUAAUGCACUUAAAUCGGGACCAUUGGGUAAUAUGCAAAAACUAGAAUUUCAUAGGAGGCAGUUAUUGAAUAUCUAUUAUCCACAGACAGUGGCAGACAUCUGGAAUCUUAAAACGUCUCGGUUUACCCAUUAAUCCCCCCCUUUUUUUUUUGUUUUAAAACUAGGUAUAUUAAACUACCAUUGAUGUCAGUAUUUUAGUAGCAAUAUCUGUUUUAUGACAAAGUCCUACAACUGUGGGAUACAUUUAGGAAACUUUAAAUUAUUUUGAUUAUUGCUCCAGUCAACCAUAAUUAUAACGCUUGAGCAUAUUUAUGAUCCAUCAAACUGGCACUGAUGAUAGUCAGUACUGAAUAUAACCAUGAGCUUAAGAUGAACGAUUUGUACAUAUGAAUACAAACUGGCACUUCAUCCACUGCUAGUUACAAUGCUCUGCUGGUUUCUUGGUAUCUGAUUUAACGGUUACUGGACCAUUGCUUUUCUAUUGUUUAUUUAUUAGUCAGAGCAGGUGUUUGGUUAAACAUCCCACGUUCACCACUCAUUCUGACUAUAUUUCUGCAGUCAGCAGCUGUUUUGGACAGCAGGGAACAACAAAUACCCUUUUUACUUGAUUUUCCUGAGACGUAUUAUGUGUAAUUGACUGUGACCUGGCACUUGAACAUGUAAUAUUUUAAACUGUAUGCAAUUUAUAUAUUUCUCCUUUGUGGCACAGUCCAGUUAAUAUAAUAUACAUUGUUGUUACCUCAGUGUAAAGAAUAAACAAUUACAAAAAAUAAAUAAAUAAAUAAAAUAAAUGUCGUAAUUUUAUUGUAGAAAAAAAAUGCACAUUUUGUUACCUCUCAGAGCAUGAUAAAUAAGAUUCCAUUUCUAAUCCAACCAUAUGCAGCAUUUUUCAUGCAUAUUACAGUUUUUACUUUUCAAGGCUUGAAUAAAAACAAUAACUUUUGACAGAUAUUGAAAUAACUGUCUUGGUUGAUUUAAAAUAACCACUGCAGUUACUCAGUAAGCGUAACAACAUUCAGAUCCUUCUACCCUCAAUGUGACAGACUGUAACAUGAUGUGGACUGCCAUUCCAACAUUUCUUUUUUACUUUUGCCAAAGUGGUGAACAGCUAUCUGAGUGAAAGAACUUGCGCCAUCUGCUGGUUUACUUACAACUCGCACACUGAUGCUUCACUUGCUGAUCAACGAUGGAAAAGUCUUCCAAAUUCUUGUUCAUUAAAAUGACCUGACAGGAAUGUGUAAUAUCUCUCAUUCUGGUCAUUGGGAUGAAUCUAUUUACUUGCGUUCCGUAAAGUGAAAGAAGGAAAACAUUAAGAAACGUGUAGCGAUAUUAGUGAACUUAUAUAUUUUUUAAAAAAAUCAAAAGGUUACAAAUUAUCCUUUUAUUUUUUUGACCACUACACUAGU